GACUGUUUACCCGGCUGCAUUGUGGGAGUUUGACCUCCGCCGCCAACCGCUGCCUCAGCUCGCGCCGCCGCCGCCACCGCCGCCGCCGCGCACGCCAUGGGAGCCGUGACUGACGACGAAGUCAUCCGGAAGCGCCUUCUGAUUGAUGGGGAUGGUGCUGGGGACGACCGGAGAAUUAACCUCCUUGUGAAAAGCUUCAUUAAGUGGUGCAGCUCUGGGUCCCAGGAGGAAGGGUACAGCCAGUACCAGCGCAUGCUGAGUACUCUGUCCCAGUGUGAGUUCUCCAUGGGCAAAACAUUGCUGGUGUAUGACAUGAAUCUCAGAGAGAUGGAGAAUUAUGAAAAAAUAUACAAAGAAAUAGAAUGUAGUAUUGCUGGAGCACAUGAAAAAAUUGCUGAGUGUAAAAAGCAGAUUCUUCAAGCAAAACGAAUACGAAAAAAUCGACAAGAAUAUGACGCUUUGGCCAAAGUGAUCCAGCAUCACCCAGACAGGCAUGAGACACUGAAGGAGCUAGAGGCUCUGGGCAAAGAAUUAGAACAUCUCUCACAUAUUAAAGAAAGUGUUGAAGAUAAGCUGGAAUUGAGACGGAAACAAUUUCACGUUCUUCUUAGUACCAUCCAUGAACUUCAACAGACACUGGAGAAUGACGACAAGCUGUCAGAAGUGGACGAAGCUCAAGAAAGCAGCAUGGAAGCAGACCCCAAGCCAUAGACGCCCACCGCUGCUUACAGGGACAGUGGAUAGAUAGCUGCAGGGGCUUCCUGCGCUCCGUGUGCUCCUGCUGUUGGGAUAGUUCAACUUCAGCGUUGAAAUACUUUGCUUUCAAAUAAUAAUUUAUGUGUCAUUCGUAUUUCUUCACACAAAGGAAACGUAUCCCAUAUAUAUGUAUUUUUUAAAUGCAUUUUUUUAUCCUUACACGUAGAAAUCAGCAUCUGAAAGUAUUUAAUAAAAUGUCUUAAGGUGGA